AUGCUAAUCAUAAACAAACAUUGGGACUUGAUCAAUGUAAAAAGUCUCCAAGUUGCCCCUGCAGAGCUCGAGCAGUAUCUUUUGACUCACCACGACGUGGCUGAUGCUGCAGUCGUUGGCGCUAAAAUUGCGAAUACAUUCGGGGGGAGAAUACCCGCGAGCAUUCAUAGUACAAGAGAAAAAGCUUGUUACAAAGUACAAGAUCAUGGAAAUAACUAA